AUGUUCACAUCCGAGCGAUUGAUAUACCGCGCCAUCGAGGAAUCAGAUGACCCAUUCCUCGUGUCUCUCCACCAGGAUCCAGAAGCAUACCAGAAUACCGUUCCAUGGCUUCCCGUACCGCAAGGCAAGAAGAGUGCACCUCAACAUCGCGAACACUUCGAAAAAUGCAUGCUUGCCGCAAUGAUAUGUGUUCGUGAUGCAGACGUGCCCAUCGGUCUGGUCACCAUGAAGGACGCCAACAUACCUCCCAAUGGAAAGCACAUUCGGCAUGCAAGAAUCGGAAUCAACAUCAAGCGCGAGUAUCAAGGUCGUGGUUUUGGAAAAGAGGCUGUCAGCUGGCUUCUGGAUCGGGGCUUUCGACGAGCUGGUCUGCAUAAGAUCAGCUUGACUGUCUACGAGUUCAACACCAGUGCGAUCAAGUUGUACGAGAAGCUAGGAUUUGUGCUUGAGGCUAGGCUGCGGGAUUAA